UGUUGUCGGGCGCUGCAGCAGUGAAUCUGUGAUUUCUGAGGCAUUUCCUGUAACUGAUCCAGCGUCAGUGACGGUGGGCCGGCGUGUUCCUCUCCGAGGCUGUUUCUGCUGGUCCCGAGUCAGUCAUGUCUGUGCUCAAAAGCAACCGACACAGCAAACGCUCAUCGGACUCUAUAUAUGACCUGCUGCACCUGAGUACGGAGCAGGUUGCAGCUUUCUGCCGCAGUCUGCACGAGAUGAAUCCCUCAUCCGAGGUUGUCUCUUCCUCGUCCGGCCCGGAGUCUUCCUCGCUCCCUCCGAGCAACGCCACUCCACGCCAGCUCUCCGAUGCCGACAAACUCCGCAAAGUCAUCUGCGAACUUGUGGAGACGGAGCGCACCUAUGUCAAAGAUCUGAACUAUUUGAUUGGGCGAUAUUUAACCCCGUUGCAGAAGGAGUCUUUCCUCACUCAGGAUGAGCUGGACGUGCUGUUCGGAAACCUCCCGGAGAUGCUGGAGUUUCAGGUGGAGUUUCUGAAGACUCUGGAAGACGGAACCCGACUGGUGCCGGACCUGGAGAAACUGGAGCGAGUAGAAGAGUUCAAGAAAAUCCUCUUUUCUCUGGGCGGCUCGUUCCUGUAUUACGCCGACCGCUUCAAGAUCUACAGCGCUUUCUGUGCCAGCCACACCAAAGUGCCCAAAGUGCUGGUCAAAGCAAAAACAGACACGGCCUUCAAGGCGUUUCUGGACGAGCGCAACCCCAAACAGCAGCAUUCGUCCACACUGGAGUCAUACCUGAUCAAACCCAUCCAGAGAGUGCUGAAGUACCCUCUGCUCCUGAGAGAACUGCACUCGCUCACAGACCCCGACAGCGAGGAGCACUACCAUCUGAACGUUGCAAUGAAAGCCAUGAACACAGUUGCCAGUCACAUCAACGAGAUGCAGAAGAUCCACGAGGAGUUUGGAGCCGUCUUUGACCUCCUCAUCUCUGAACAGACUGGAGACAAGAAAGAGGUUGCUGACUUGUCUAUGGGAGAUUUACUCCUCCACACCAGUGUGACAUGGAUCAACCCGUCCUCCUCACUGGGAAAGUGCAAGAAAGAGCCACAGCUGGCCACAUUCGUGUUCAAAACGGCUGUAGUGUUCAUCUGUAAGGAUUACUCCAAGCAGAAGAAGAAAAUGGGUGGUUCUCACAGAGCAUCAGUCUCAGGUGAAGAGAAAGAUCCGUUCCGUUUCCGUCACAUAAUCCCCACUGAUGCGCUUCAAGUGCGCACACUGUCCAAUACAGAUGGAGAGAGUGCAGCCGUGUGUGAGAUCAUCCAUGUGAAGUCUGAAUCAGAGGGAAGACCAGAGAGAGUGUUUCAGCUCUGCUGCAGCUCUCCAGAGAGUAAGAAAGACUUCUUGAAGAUGGUUCAUUCCAUCCUGAGAGAUAAACAGCGCCGUCAGCUGUUGAAGACGGAAAGUCUUCCUCUCAGUCAGCAGUAUGUUCCUUUCGGAGGAAAACGCUUGUGUGCCCUUAAAGGAGCCAGACCGGCCAUGAACAGAGCAGUCUCUGCCCCGACUCGCACUCUGGGCCGCAGGAAACUGGUGCGGAACCGCUUCACCAUCGACACAGACAUUGUUUUCGACACCGAGCCUGACAGCGACUCGCCAGACUCCCAGCAUGCUCAGCAGCAGGGCAUCGUUCCGGCGGGCGACACCGACCGCUGGGUGGAGGAACAGUUCGACCUUCAGCGCUACGAGGAGCAGGAACAGGACGUGAAGGAAACAGACAUCCUGAGCGACGACGACGAGUUCUGCCAGUCCGCUCUGAGCCCUUCCACCGAUCUGGACGUGGAGGGUCCCCUUUCCGCCCUCUCGCUGGAGGGAGACACGGCUGAGGAGGAAGAAGAGGAGGAAGAGGACGGCAAGAAGGACUACAAAUCCCAGCAUGCCAAGCUGUCUCAUUUAGGGAAGCAGUGUGCCAUGUCGGUGGCCAGUGUGGAUGAGCAGGUGCCCGGUGAGGACAUCUGGGUGCGACGGGACAGCAGCACAGAGAACGAGACACAGGACGAAACCCAGAGCUGAAACGCAUCAGAAGACAGACUCAAUUAAAGAAAUAAUUCACUCGAAAAUUAAAAUUUGCUGAAAAAUUACU